AUGGCGCCCAAAAUCUACAGGUCUCCUCUACCCGACGUUCCUGUCUUCAACCGGUCGAUCUUCACUCAUCUCUUCCCUCCCACUUCCCCUCCAGCCCAUAUCGGUCAAUGGAAUGAGUCGGUUCCUGCCUACAUCGACGCGCCUUCGGGAACCACUAUCACAAGAGGACAGACGAAGAAGCUCUCGUUGGCUUUGGCCUACGGGCUUCGAAAUCAUCGGAAUCUCCAAGCGAAGCGCGGAGACACUGUCCUGAUCUAUUCCCAGAACUCCUUGACCUGGCCGAUCGCGUUGUUUGGCUCUGUUGCCGCGGGUCUGAGGGCGACUCUUGCAAACAGUGCCUACAAUGCUCGCGAACUCGCUUUCCAGUAUACCGACAGCCGAGCUCACCUCCUGUUUACCAGUGAGGAGGGCAUUCCCGUUGUACUCGAGAUGUUUAAGAGCUUGGGCGUUUCAAGCGCUGAAGCUCAGAAGAGGAUCAUCGUUAUGACCACCAGCCUCCAUUGGGCAGGAGGUCCGACUAUCCCUGUUUCCCCAGCGGCCAGGGGCUUGACGACUGUGGCUAGUCUGCUUCAGUUGGGAACCUUGGAGGCGGAGGAGAAGUUCGAUGGUGAAUUGGCCAACGAAACCGCGUACCUUUGCUACAGCUCAGGUACAACCGGGAAGCCAAAGGGUGUCGAGACGACGCACAGAAACCUUACUUCUGUCCUGGACCAAGUCAGGCCAGCUUUCCCCCCUCUCGACUCCAAUACCGACAAGGUGCUCGGAGUGCUUCCCUUCUAUCACAUCUAUGGCGCAAUCAAACUCCUCCACCACCCCUUCCUUUGCGGCGCACCGCUCGUCAUCAUGUCUCGGUUCGACCCCGUGCAGUUCUGCGCGAACAUUGAAAAGUACAAGAUCACAAUGGCGCUCAUCGUCCCUCCCGUCUUGGUCGUGUUGAGCAGGCAUCCUGCUGUCGACGAAUAUGACGUGUCUACUCUCGAGGUGUUAUUCUCAGGUGCCGCGCCUUUGGGUGCCGCAUUGACGCAGCAGGUCAAGGAGCGUCUGGAGGCCAGGAAGAAGAACGGUCAACCAGUUUACAUUCUUCAAGGCUAUGGUCUCACAGAAACUUCCCCGACGACUCACCUUUUGGAAAAGCCGGAUGCAGUUCGCAAGGUCGGAAGUAUCGGUAUUCUCUUGCCCAACCUCGAGGCUAGACUUGUCGUGGACGGAGAGGGAGACGGAAACAUUGAUGCUGAAGAGGGCCAACCAGGUGAACUUUGGAUUCGAGGACCCUCCGUCAUGAAGGGCUAUCUGAACAACCCUAAGGCCACCAAAGAAUCGAUUACACAUGACCGUUGGUUCAAGACUGGUGAUAUCGCCAUCCGAGAUAGCGAGGGUUAUUAUACCAUCGUAGACCGGCGGAAAGAGCUGAUCAAGUAUAAGGGAUUCCAAGUCCCGCCUGCAGAACUCGAAAGCGUCCUUUUGACCCACCCCGAAAUCGCAGACACCGCCGUCAUUGGCGUGGAUAGUGCAAAGGAAGCAACGGAGCUUCCUCGAGCCUACGUCGUCCAUGCGAACCCGACUGCCCUCAAGUCAGAUAGUGACAAGUUGGCCUUUGCAGCUAGCGUGCAGAAAUGGAUCCAGACGAAGGUUGCAAGGCAUAAGUUCCUGCGGGGAGGUGUGGUGGUCAUUGAUGCUAUUCCCAAGAGUGCGUCGGGGAAGAUUCUGCGAAGAGAACUUCGCGAAAAGGCCAAGCAAGAACUGGCAGGACGCGAUCCAGCGGACGACAUCAUCAGGGCCAAGUUGUAAGGAUGGUAUUAGAUGUCGAUGUUGGGGUUUCGGGAGUCCGAGCAGAUUUAACGAGCAAUGUACAAGUGAUAUUAUACCAUUCCAAUACCUGUAAAUAGUACACACGGAGCGGGAGGAUAAUGCCGAGGACCUAGGCUGGGAGUGAUUGUCAGC